AUGAGCGACUGGAAAACUCUUAACGAUCAGCAAACUCAACAACAGCAACAAAAUCAACAGAAUCAGCAGCAGACGAUUCAACUUCAGUGGGCAGCUGCUCCUCAGCAGCAGGCUCAGCAGCAGCAGCAGAUGUACCAACUUUCGGGAAAUGUUGUACAGCAGCAGCAGCAGAAUCCUCAGCAGCAGCAAAUGGAAGCGACGACCACGAUGUACCAGCUGCAGACGAAUGCAAACGGGACCACGCAGCUGGUUCCCUACCACCACCACCAGCAACAACAACUUCAGGCCCAGCAGAAUCAGCAGCAGACGAUUCAACUUCAGUGGGCAGCUGCUCCUCAGCAGCAGGCUCAGCAGCAGCAGCAAAUGGAAGCGACGACCACGAUGUACCAGCUGCAGACGAAUGCAAACGGGACCACGCAGCUGGUUCCCUACCACCACCACCAGCAACAACAACUUCAGGCCCAGCAGAAUCAACAGCAGCAGCUCCAACAGCAACAAAAUGGCGGUCAACAGGGCCUGAACCAUCAGCAGAUUCAUCUUCAAAUUCAGCCUCAGCAGCAAAACACACCACAACAACCUCCGCCGCCUCAGGCUUCUCCAGCAGCCGCCCCCACACCGGCAAAGAAGCCGGCGAAGAGCCGCUCCAAGGCGACCACCAACAAAGAUGGGACGCCGAAGAUUCCGAAGCCGGUCAGCGCCUACGCGCUCUUCUUUCGUGAUACCCAGCCGCAGAUCAAGGUGGACCAUCCCUCGGCGAGCUUCGGCGAGAUCAGCAAGAUCGUCGCCGGGAAGUGGGAGGUGCUGAAGAAGGAGGAGAAGGACGUGUACAAGGAGCGGGCUGACGGGGAGAAGCGGGAUUAUCUGCAGAAGUUGGCCGCCAGCAAGGCGAAGGAGGUGGCUGAUCAGCAGGCGGCGGCUGCUCAACAACAAAGUUCUCAGGUUGUUGUACAGGCUACGCCCACUGUUCAGCAGCAGCAGAAUUUGCAGAAUCCUCAGCAGCAGCAAAAUCCCUCGAACCUUAUCCUCCAGCAGAACAUAUCUUCGUUGCAGCAGCAGCAGCAACUUCAACAGCAACAGAAUCUGCAACAGCAAAAUCUGCAACAGCAAACUCAACAGAUUCAGCAGCAGCAGCAGCAACAACAUCCUCAAACUUCGUUUCAGCAGAAUAUUCAGUCCCAGCAGCAGCAGCAGCAGAAUUAUAUGAUGGUCUCGCAGCAGCAGCAGCAGCAGCCCCAACAAUCUCAACAACAGCCUCAACAACAGCCUCAGCAGCAACACCGUCACCCCGCCAUGGCCACCAACUCCAAUCCGAUGCUGCUGGUAAAUCCCAUCACCCAGCAGGCUUUCGGGGAUGAUGGCAGUGGUCUUAAUUAUCAGCAGCAGCAGUAUCACCAUCAGCAGCAGAUGAGGAAUCCUCAGCAAGAGAUGGUCACCUCAACUUUGACCUCGGUUUCAGCUUUUGAUCCUUUUG